UUGGUGUCGAAUUUGGGUACAAUCGCACGUUCGGGUACUUCGGAAUUCCUCUCAAAACUGCUCGAUUCAAACGCAGAGCAACAACAGGACUUGAUCGGUCAAUUUGGUGUUGGCUUCUAUUCGGCCUUCUUGGUGGCGGACAAUAUUGCCGUGACCAGUAAGCACAAUGACGAUGAUCAGUACAUUUGGGAGUCGAAAUCAAACUCAUUCACAAUCGUCAAAGAUCCACGCGGUCCGACGUUGAAACGCGGCACACAAGUCACUUUGCAUCUGAAGGAAGAAGCGUACGAUUUCCUCGAGCCGGAUACGCUCAAGAAUUUGGUUCAUCGAUACUCACAAUUCAUCAAUUUCGAUAUCUAUCUGUGGCAGUCAAAGACCGAAACUGUCGAAGAACCAGUCGAAGAGGAACAACCAGCCGAGAAGAAAGCUGAAGAGGAGGAUGGUAAGGUUGAGGAAGAAAAGGAGAAAAAAACGAAGAAAGUGGAGAAGACAACUUGGGACUGGGAGAAAGUGAAUACAGUGAAACCGAUUUGGAUGCGUAAGAGUGGUGAAGUGGAGCCGGAUGAAUACGAUGAAUUCUAUAAGAGUAUCACUAAG